GACGGUGCCCGCUUCCAGAGGAAGAACACACGAGCUAUAGGCCAGGAGGUGGACGGAGAGCCGGAAUAGGAGGGGGAAGAGGAGGAGGAGCAGGAGCAGCAGGAGCAGCCCAAGGCUCUUACUGGUCCCCCCGGCGGAAGAGAAGAAGAACAAGAGGAGAAGCCAGAGUCAGCGAAGGCGUGCGCGCCGGGCUGCUCGAGCUGCCGCUUUGGGCCGCGUGCAGGACGCGGAAAUGGGGAAUGCUCCGGCUCCGGAGAGCGAGGGCGGUAAUGGUCGCGCAGGCCAGAACGCCCCCUCUCAGCAGGAUUUCACCUUCCAACCUCCCGCUGGUGCCCCGUCUUUCCUUCCCGCGGUCCUCUGUGGAAACUGCAAGAAGCCGGACCACACCCUGAGCCGGUGUCCCGGCCCCGUAGACGAGGACGGCUUCGUUUCCGGUUGUAUGCUUCACAACACAAAAGAGCACAACUAUGACGAAUGCCCUAUGCUAUAUAAUUUGACCAUUGGCGUUCAUUUUGGACUCCUGGUCGAGUGUCGCUCAGGUCUCCCGCCUAUCCGCUCUCAGGAGUUUAACUGGGUGCACCUAGCAACGCACUUCCAGGACAAACGUCUGGAGGCGUACCCGCUGACGCGAUCCUUCAGCUUAAAGCUUUCGGAGGAGGCUAUCGCCUCCUACGACUUUAGCGAAGACGCAUCAGUCUUUCAACUGGGGUCGGAUCCUCUCACCCGUUCCUUCGACGCCUUGAUCGAGAACCACGAGCGACUCCAGAAGACCAAGUCUCCAGCCGAGCCGCUCGAGGUUGAGGAGGACGCGCCUAUUGUGAAUUACAACGAUAGGUAUAAUAAUGCCGAAAUCGACUUUGGGGACUUCGAUAAGAAUGACUACACCAAGUACUAGCCUGGCUAGUAGAGGGGGCUAAAAGCCUUAUCUUGUGCUGUGCCAUAUGCCGUGUGCCGUGUGGACAAUUUUGCUUCCGCGCCGCCUAUGGUACGGAAGAUGUGGUAUUGUUGGGUCGGGAGAUUGGUUGCUUUGCUUUGCUGUAAUUAAUAAUGAUGAAUUGAAAGUCAAGACAG